AUGCAGUGCACCUCCCGCCUCCUAGGCGGCUAUAUGAUGUACCAUCGCAAGUCGAUGAGUACGAUGCGCUACAGCAAGUGGAAGGGUGCACGCGGUGGGCUUAGCCACUUCUACAAUCGCACGGCCAUGAUAGAGGAGGUGCCGGCGAAUGUGCCGGUUUCUAUUGUGGACCGGGGCAUGAUGGCCUACGUACAUCGCUCUCGCCUGCGUCACUUUCAGCUUUUCCGGUCGUACCAGCAGAAGUCAAACACGACGGAGUGCAAGUUGCGCGAAGGUGAAUUCCUCCGUCGCCGCUGGCAUCGGCAGCUGCAGAAGUCCUUCAUUGCCUUUAUGCAGUUCAAGACAAUGAAGGUGCUGGAGGAACAAGCGAAGCUGGUCUCGCAGUAUGGGCAGGCGUCCGUGAACGCUGCCCUUGGCGACCCGCAGGCCGCAGCAGGCAAUGCGACGCAGGAAUACAAGUACAAACUACUUCAUCGCCAAGUGCAGUCGCUGCCCAGGAUUCAGCUCGUGCCGAAGCACGUGGCCACAAUGAAGCAAAUUCACAACGACCGCUUCAACUACCGCUGGCGCGUCAACUAG